GCCCGCAGCAGCGCCCAUCGCGGCCCGCGGCGGACGCGGCCUCCCGGCCCCAUGGAGGGGGACAAGAAAAGAACCAAAGAAGAUACUUGGAAAGCAGAAGAACUUAGGAAACAUCUAAAGGCAUCACUACCAGAUACUCAAAAUGAAGACCAAAAACACAGAGAAAAGAAGCUGCGGAGAGAGAGGACUGUUCAUGACAUAGACCCUAACAGACAUGAACGCAGAGACAGAGAGAAGAGCAAGGAAAGAACAAGAGAGAGAGAGAGGUUUAAAUCCAGUGAAAGAGACAGGGAUAAAAGGAGAGAGAGAGAAAGGGAAAAAGAACACCAGAGAGAAGACAGAGAGAGACACAAAGAAAAGCUUCAAGAGUCACGUUUGGAGGAGAGACACAGUGUACUAAAACAUAAAGACAGGGAGACUGAUAGAGAACGAGACAAAAAGCACAAGACAUAUGAGAUAAAGCAUAUAGAUCCACUCAAUUAUCUGAAGUCAUUUGAAGGAGAAGAUACAGAAUAUCACAGAAGAAGAGAGAUCAGGCAUCGUUUGGAGGAGGAGAAAGCAAGAACUGAAGAGCGAGAAAGAAGACACAAAGCACAGAAGGAUAAAGAUUUAAGAAAGAAAAUUGAGAAAAUUUUAACCUACAAAGUUGAAGAAGGUGAAGGUGUACACAAGUUAGAGAAACAUCAAGAGCUGGAUAAAGAGAGGGAAAGAAAACAUAGAGAAAAAAAAGAACAUUCUGUUGGAACAGAAAAAGAGAGGCUUUCAAAAGAGAAAAGUCAUAAACAUGGAAAGGAAGAGGAAGAAAAACAUAAAUCAAAGAGAUCUAGAGAAAAGUCUUCCCAUGGAGACAGGGAAAGGCCAGCAGCAGAAGGUAAUGAGAGAGGAAAAAGUAGAGAAAAUGAAAGAAAGAAAUAUGAUCUAAGGAACAGUGAGUACAAAAAGGAGGAGAGGAUUCAAGAAGAAAUGAGCCAUCAGCUUGUAAGGACUGUAAAAGAUAAAGGAAAACUCAUUGAAAAAGAGGAUAUGGACACAAGAGAGGAGGAAAUGAAUGAUACACACAUUUCUAAUCCAGACACAGGACUUCAGGAUUUUCCGCCAAAUUAUGAAGAUGACUUUGAAGACUAUGAGGAUGAUUUUGAAGAUGAUGAGGACAAAAGUGGUGAAGUAGGAGAUGCAGAAGAAAACCUAAGAGAGGUUCCAUUUUCCAGAACAUCAGAAAUUGAAGAAAUUCAAAGAGCAAUUACUGCAGAAAAUGAUAGAAUUUUUACUCCAUUGCCAAAGAAACUGGAAAAUGAAAAAAAGAAACCAGUCAUGGAAAGGCAAGAUUCCUCUGUCAGAAGUUCUUUUUGUGGAAUAUUCAUGGAUUUCCAAAUGGCAAACCAAAGACAAAGCAGCCGAAGUAUGGCCAGUAAGCAGAAAAAACGGGCUUCAGAACUUCUCCCACUGAUUGACCUGGAUUUCUCAGUUAGUUUUUCAUUACUGGAUUUGCCCCCUGUCAAUGAGUACGACAUGUAUAUCAGGAACUUUGGCAAAAUGAACACUAAGCAGGCAUAUGUUCAGUGUAAUGAGGACAAUCUUGAUAGAGACAUUCAGACUGAGGAAGUUGAGACACUGGAGAAAUGGACACAACAUCCAGGAGAAAGUGCUCUUGUAUCUGGAGGUUCCAUAAACAGCCAGGAUACAUCAGUGAAUGGAGCUCCAAAACCUAAAAUUGAUUCCCAAAGAUUAGCAAAUUUUCUCCGGUCUGCUUGCCAGGUGGUUGCUGUUUUGCUAGAGGAAGAUCAAGUUGCAACACAACCCAGGAAACUAAGAUCUCGACAAACGAGUCUGUCUAUUAGUGAUAGCUGUUUCCAGUUAAAUACUAACCAGCCAUUCCUCCAUGGCCGAAAAAUACGCUGCUUGUAUGUCUCUCAAGUUCAGAGACAGACACUACUUUCUGUUCAUGGAUUGCCUGAAAAGGCAGGUGUUGAUUUGCUGAGCAGAAAGAGUCUUAUAUGUGUUUGGAACAUCUGGCAGCCCUCCAGUCCUCAGAAAGUUUUAAUAUGUGAUUCAGAGGUGAUGUGUUGUUGCUUUAGUCCCAGUAAAGCAACGUUAGUUUUUGCUGGAACAGAAGAUGGUUCAUUGUUGGUGUGGGAUCUUCGAGAAGACUCAAGAAUGCACCCUUGUAUGAUGAUCACUGGAACUGAGUGGACAUUUAGAGUUCCCACAUUUUCCACGGAUGGCAUUCUGAAUUCAGUAAACCACACCUCUCCUAUACUGGCAGUGGAACCUGUCUCGACUUCUCUCAACAGUGACCACAGUUAUGGGCUCUCAAGCCUCUCUGAUCAGGAGGAAAUGUCAGGCCCUCCAUUUCAGAUAGCUUCAAUGGAUGAAAGUGGAAUCCUCAAUAUGUGGGUAGUUGUUGAAUUGCAAAAAGUGGAUCUAGCUGGUUCACAAACUGACUUAGGUUUGGUUCCCGGAGGGAAAGUGAAAUUAGUACAUAGCUCUACUGUGGAAUUGAGUAACAGCCUUUUCCCAAAGGAUAUUGGCCAGAGAAUGCCACAGACAUUGACUAUUAAAUUUCUGUCUUCUAAUCCAAAUCACUUCAUUGUUGGAACAAACCUUGGUCUGGUAGGCCAUGGUACAAGACAUGAUUUAAAAGUUGUUCCAAAGCUAUUCAGGCCCCAGGAGAGCAGACUGAGAUCAAUAAGCAUCACUGCAAUCGAUUUCUUCCCUUUUGGAAAGCCACUAUUUUUGGUUGGCUGUUCAGAUGGAAGUAUUAGAUUACACCAGAUGACAUCAGAGUACCCUCUCAUGCAGUGGAAUGACAGCACAAAGGGCCAGCCAAUUAUUGCCCUGCAGUGGGCUUUGACAAGACCUGCUGUGUUCUUUGCUCUGGAUGCAUCAUCCAAUAUUUAUAUUUGGGAUCUUCUGGAAAAUGAUUUGUUUCCUGUGGCAAUGCAGACUAUCCCAUCAGAGAAGGUUGUAACUAUGACUCUGCUGGGAGAGCCUGAAAAAGCAAAUGGAUUGUUGGGCAUGGUGCUGGCCAAGGAAUCUGGACAGAUAGACAUUCAGUAUGUAAAGAAGAAGUGGGCAUUACCUCAGCCUGAGGAAUCUGACAAACUGUAUUCUAUUUUACUGCAGUCUUUUUAGAAACAGGGUUGUACAAUUUAUUGCAAAAUGUGUAGUUUAUUUUUUACUUCAAUUAAAAAAUUUGUAAUGUAAUUUAUAUGUAACUUGUAUAUACUUUAAAGACUAUCAAUACAAUAUUUCAACUGAAACAGUAUAUUUUAUCAUAAAAAUGACAGAAUCAAAUUUACCAUUACUUAAAAACAUGAUGACUGUGAUUCUUUGUUGAAAGUACUCUAGAUGUAUAUAUAUUUUUUAAAAAUAGCAAAAAUGCAUUCCUAUAAAUUGCACUGCUGUUUCUUGUUAUUUCACUCUAAAAGAAAUCACAGCAAUUCUUUGGCAAACAUAAAGCUGUGUUUCUGUACAACCUGAAUGUGAGGAGAUUUCCACCUCUGGGCCUCUUAAAGAUUAAUGCUUGGUAAAACUUUCUUGUGUCUACCUAAAGACCAUAUGCAAACAUACCAAACACAAAUUACAUCACACGUAUCUAUCUUCUGAUUUUUGCUCUGAAACUGUGCCAGAGGAGUACCUGACUAACUCAGGUUCUGAGAGGUACAGUCCCUGUUUGGAUCAAACUGUGUGAACAAUAUCCCUGGGAGAUUUACUGAAAUUCUAGAUCUGUUGGGGUUUCUGAUGUAAACCAGAAAACACUUACCUGUUUAAUUCUGCAAAUAAUUUCCAAAGCUCUUAGAAUGAGGAAGAGGACAACUGUCUAUAAUAUUAUACUAAUUUUUGUACACUAUUGAUAAGGGUUUGACCAAGAUGAAGCACUGAAAAUGUCUUUUGUAACUUAAGAAAACCUGGCUUAAAGAACAUAAGUGAAACCUUGAUUAAACAAGCUCAGAUUUGGUGGAAAAAGGACAAUUGACCAGACAAUGUAUUCAGUAUUUACUGAAUGUAUAUAUUUAAAGCAUGUACCUUCUCCCUCUAAAAUAGAUUGAAAUAUUUCUAAGUUUAAAUUAAUUAAUUUCAAACGUUUUUCUAUGUAUAUUUUUACUUAAGUUGAGAAAACUCGAAGUGGCCACAUGAUGGUGCCAAGUCACAGCAGUAAAACAUGAAUUCCUUAUGAAAACAGCAUCCACCACUUUGGCAUUGAGUCUGUUGUUGUCCAUUGCAUAAAUCCAGAGAGCCCAAAGAACUGCUGGAGAUACUAAUAUUUUAGAGACCCUUUUUGCAAAUCCCAGUUCCUUGAUUAGCCAUGCACUUUCUUUUUAAUGUCCAUAAACAGAAGUGACCCUUCUUAUCUUCAUUGCUAGCAGUGAUAUACAUUACAGGUCAAAUAAGAAUAACUUUAGUAACCCAGAUAAAGAAAGGGCAGGUAGUUUUUCCAGUAGGGUAUCCGAGCAUCUCUACUGACACUCAUCAUAAAAAAUUAUCAAAUACAAAUCUCUCACUCUUUCCAUUCCAAAGUGAGAGACACACACUCCUUCCUCACAGAUCAAUCUUCUGAAAGAAUUCCAAUACAAUUUCAUCACUUUCAGGACUUCCUAUCCUGAAUUUUCUCUAGUGUAUUCAAUUCUGUACAUGGAACCUGUAAGCAGAGGGUUGGGAUUUUUCUGCCUUGUGCUGUGUGCAGUUGUGAUGGGCUUUUUCAAUAUGCAGAAAGGAAAAUAGGUGUCAGGCUUUGCAUAGAAGUACCUGUCCCUGCUUUUGAGCAGCUGUUGUUAGGUAUGCUUGAAUUCAAACGUCCAAAUAUUUUAUUAUCUUAUGCUUGUACUGCCUGGAGAGUCAGUCAGUUCCUGCACUGGGCCUGUGCUUCUUGCCUAAAGGAUUUUCCCCUCUUGAACUGGAAACUAAUGUAAGAAUAUCAGUAAUAAUAAAAGUAUCCUGGGCUGA